CAGCCUGAGGCUGCCCUAAAUUCAUAAUUGAUCGCCAACGCCGAGCAUGGAAGACAGUUUCAAAGUUCGUGUGGACAGAAUCUUCGGUUCUCUGUCAUCGUCAUCUACUUCAACGGCAGCUUUGAAUUCAUCUCUGAGUUCUCUGUGGAGCCUUACCGACGAUGAGAUCGAGAGGAAAGAGUGGAUCAAGGAGAAGGAGGAUCCCCCCGAACCAGAGCCCGAGCCGAGUUCGUUUUUCGCCGGCGGAAGGAAGCUGAACCAUAGGAAUUCGUUUGGAUUCCGGGACGGGUUCGAGGAUGACCUCGAAGCCGAUUUGGAUGAAAAUCCUGAGUCGAACGGGUCGUCUAGUAAGUUUCCUAAGCCUGACGAUUAUGGAGACGAAGAGUGGGAAAUCAAGUCCUCAAUUGGCCGGGACUGCACGCUUGAUUACGAGGAAGAGGAAGAUGUGUAUGAUAAAGUUGCUGUUGGCAAGGAGAAAAGUGGAGAUCGGUUAUACAUGAAGGACAUUGCUGACUGUGGUAUUGAAAUAGAUUCGUGCACCGAGCUUCCUACUUCGUUGCGGAAUUUCACCAGAGAUCCACGCGCCAAUCACUUGGCUGCAAAAGUUAGGCUCAAGGAAGAUGCAGAAGCUUCUAAAACAACUGAUUCUUUGCCUAUCUCUGAGAAUGUUGCGCUACCCAUUGCUGUUCCUGAAUGCAAUGCUUCUCCGAACCCAAAAUCUAUUCUGAAGAGGAAAGAUAAUCAUAUAGAUGUAAAAUCGCAGAAGCGUGUCCGAUUCAACCCUGAAUGUAAAAUCUCUCAAGACUUUCGAGGAUCUAAAGAUAUCUCAAUGGAAGGGAACUCUUCGCCUGAAGAUGCAUAUGUUUGUAAUGAAGCAACCUUCUCAUCUGCAGGCUAUCGCACUCAAGUUCCGGACUACAUACAGAAUCCAUCGAGAUACACACAUUAUACAUUUGAUUCAUCCUAUGAUGUGGAUGACGAAUUCAACAGGAAAGCCUACCUGGAUUUCCUUCAACUGGUGAGAGGGUCAAAGACCAUGGAGUCGCAUGAGGAUGAUGCCUCAGCUGGUCCUCCGAAAUACAUCACCUUCAUCCCAAAAAAGAAAGCGGGCGAUACAGUAAUGAUCGAAAAUUCUGCUCUAGGGUCACAGAAUGAUCAGAAUGGAGCUGGCAAGGAGGUUGUGCAGCAGAGAGGCAUAGCCAUUGGCAUUGAUAAUCAAACUGAUGAAGUGUGUUCAAUGGAGGAAGAUGAACCAGAUAAAUUAGAACUCAGAAGAAACAGUUCGCAGAAGCCGGGCCGCCAGUACAGGAUGCGAGCUAAGAUGGAGUCGGAGGAGGAGGAAGCCUGAUGAUUGAUUUGCCUUCUUAGCUAUUAAGAUCACAACUUUCUUCAUCACCUUGCUUUAACAUUCAUUAUCAUGUUUGUAUGUACAAUAUUUUAAUGACGCAGGAGCAGGACAGUGCAACAGAGCAUCUGGGAUUGCGAAAGUUAAUGAGUUACUAAUUGCUAAAUUUCCAAAAGGCUCAGUGGGCUUGAGACCAUAGCCAUUCUCAAUACCUGAGCCUCAAGCCCCAUGA